GCGAAUGAAUAUCUUUUGCGUUUGUUCAGAGACAUAAGAAUAACCACGACAACAGCAUCACUAUAAGGAAACGCACUCCUCAAGUUCUCUUACAAUGCUAAUGAGAUUCGGUUCCUUUUGAUUUCGGUACCUCAUCAGUCACACGCACAAGAUAUCUCUCAGCCGAUUUUACGUGCUUGAAGAGUUUCAAGGCGCCAUUCACCAAACGGAUUCUUCCUUGCUGAUAACUUACAAUACAAGCUAGUUUGUUUGAAGCAAUUACUAUCACCAACAAAAUAAAUUAUAAAGUAGGAAAAACAGAAAACGGAAGUGAAUAGCAAUUAGCAUUUGAUAGAUAGAGUAGAAACAAAUGGAAAUGAUGAAUGAUGACAAAUCGGAUCGCAUAAAACAAGAUCAUAUUCAGAAUAUCAUGAAAGAAAUCAUACCAAGUAUAAAAAAUCAAAGCAAUGGCAUCAAUGGAUGCACAAAAAAUGCAGACGAAAACGAACACUACGAACUUGCAGAGGCAAAAAAUAGCGUUAAAUACAUCAAACAUUUUGUAACAAAAAUGAAGCCUAUAAUCGAUCAGAAUGCUGCGAAACCGAAAGAUUAUGAUAAAUGGACGGAGGAAGAACAAAUCAAACAUAUUAUAGAUAACAUAAAAACAUAUAUGCCAAGUAUACCGCAAUCCUUAUUAUUUUUUAUAUCAGGCACAUUAUAUCGAGGAGAUUGUGGUCGAAAUUCGAUGGACAAACCACUCUGGCUGGACAUGGAAAAAUUCCAGAGAGGUCAAAAAUUCGUGCUAGAUUAUUUUGUGUCAAUUUCUUUUGCUAAUAUAAUAUCGCUUUUCCAGAUAUUCGCUUUUACAGGUGCUCUUAAACCGCUCAUCUUCAGUCAAAAAUCUCACACGCCGUAUUUAGCGUUUAAAAGGUAUUUGUCUACGAUUUGUUAUAUAAAAAGUUGGAUGACGGAAGAUCCGUGGACUGUGGGCACGCGAGCAUAUAACGAUAUACAAACUGUGCGUAGAAUGCACCGUGCAAUCCGAUUGAAACUUUGUGAAAAAGAUACUGAGGAGAUCGAAAUGGCUUCUAAAAUUCCAAAUCCAUGGUGUCCUAAUAGAGAAAUAAUUUCAGAAGAUUUAUCUUCCUGUCCAUAUCCGACUAUAGAAAAUGGUUGUAUCAAUGUACUGAUCAAACUCACAGGGUUGAAUCAAGCAGAUAUGGCAGCCACGCAAUUUGCUUUCAUAGGGAUGAUUUUGUUGUAUCCUCAAGAAUUCGGCAUUUAUGUUAGCGAUGAAGAUAUGGCAGCCUUUUGUCACACAUGGAGAGGUCUAGGAUAUCUUCUUGGCAUAGAGGAUCAAUACAAUUUCUGUCGCGGAAGUCUGAAGGAAAUUAAACAAAGAUCACGCGACUUCAUCGAAGUUUGGACGAAGUCCUAUUUGAGGCAAGCACUGCCCGAAUGGGAACAUAUGUUGAGAUGCGUAAUAGAAGGUUCUUCUUAUUUUAUGGGAUUUUUCACAUUUAAGAUGACACUACUGUUUCUCACUAAUUUAUUGAACAUAGAUAUGCCACGUAUGCGAAGUACGCUCACUUAUUAUGAACGAUUUAAACUCAUUAUAAGUCAAUAUUUCAUGUCCUAUAUUAUAAGGAUACGAUUUAUAAGAGAGUUUCUGACUAAGAAAUUUUAUGAGAAAAUGGAUGAAGCAAUCAAAUAUAGGCCUAAAAAGCAUAUGGAAUUUAAAAAGAGAUCUCAAAAGACUUUAGCUGAGGGCCUAUAAUAUUUAUAUACAGACUCGGAGUUUUACUUAUAUACAUUAUUAGAUAUUAGUUAAUAAACAUCAGCAUUAAUAGGUAUCAGUAUUAAUAUAAUAGUAGAUAUCAAUGUAAAAUAAUAUUAUAAUAUAAUACAAUAUAAUAUAAUAGAUCAUAUUGUAAUAUUAGAUCAUAUUGAUAGCUUAAGUUAUGGGCUAAGUUAUGGAAUAAUCAUAGUAAAAAUACGAAAAAAUGUGUGUUACUCACGCUUAAACUUUUUCAUAUAAAUCAGAAUUUAUAACAUUUCUAUGAAAUAUGUAAGGCUAAAGUACUUUAUAUAAUAAAAAAAAUCCCAUUAACACAAA